AUGGUGAAUCAUGUUACCAGUGUAUCAACAAGGAGUGGCAUAUCAGGUAAAGCUUUUUGUGCUUGUGCUUUCAAGGAGGAAACAAGUUGGAUCUUUGAUACCGAAGCUACAGAUCACAUGACCCUUAGCUAUGGUAACUCCCGUAACCCCUUAACACUCCCCCGCAAACUUGACACCGAAGAGGUGACAAGUUUGGAAAUAAGACGUGAAAAGAAGAAAUAUAAUAAAGAUGAGGAAUGGAAACAAAAUAAAAUUCAUCACAUAGAAAGCAGAAAGGGAUGCGUGCAGAGAGAAAAUAAGGAACAUUUGAAGGGAAUAAAGGGGUUAAGAGAGGAUGCAGCACAACAGCAGAGGAUAGGAGGUGAAACCAACGUGGGACACAGAGAAAAGAAAACGAGAGCAUGGGCAAGUUUGAAUUUCAAAGCCCCAUAG